AUGCUGGACGCGACGGGCCUCAGGCUCGGCCUGUUCAUCGCCAGGUCCUCGCGCACCGACCCGUUGCGGGCCCGCGCUCCGCAGCGACCGCGCCACCGCCCCCUCCUGCCAUGCCGGCGGAUCUCCGCGCUGCUCUGCCCAGAGGCCGAGGCGGUGGCGCUUCUCGUGGAUCGAUGCCUGACCGCGGGCCUCCUCGCGCCUGGCCUGAUCCACCCCACUGUCCACGUCGAUCUGACGACGACCGACGCCCUGAUGGGGUGGCUGUUCUGCCUGUUCACCGCGCUGCCGGCGGGCGCCGCGGCGUACUUCGCGUCCCGGUCAAUGCUUGAGUCGCAGGAGACCUGGCGCAGGGUGAGGGAGGAGCAGGAGGCGCCAAAGGUCGAGGAAAAGAUUCUGUAUGGAGUCGAUGUGUCGCAGAGCAAGUUUUUGAUGCUACCAACUGUUGAGGCAGCUGUCCACUUUGCGGCCCUGGCUCACAAGGAUCAGAUGCGACUCACUGGCAAACCAUAUGUGACACACUGCAUACACACUGGGCUCAUUUUUGAGGAAUUGCUGACAUCUUUUGUAGAUGACUCAAGAGCUGAAGUGGCAGCCAUGGCUGCUGUUUUGCACGAUGUCCUAGAUGAUACCAACGUGACUGUAGAAGAAGUAAAAAAGGCAUUUGGGCCGGAAGUGGGGGACUUGGUGCAGCAAGUCUCAGAACUCAGCUCCAUGGUCCAGUUGCUAAGGCGGCGGAGGCGAGUCAUGGAAGGUGGCCGUGCUGCUGAACAAGGCGUUGAGGAAGAAGACCUCCUGAGGAGCACGAUCCUGAAGUCAGCCAGAGAGCCCCUUGUCCUCCUCAUCAAGCUGGCAGAUCGCUUGCACAACAUGAGAACUGCUUAUGCACUGGAGCCAGCAAAGAGACGAUCGGUGGCUUUGGAGACACGCAGCAUCUUCUGCAGGUUGGCAGAGAGACUCGGGCUCUUUGCUCUCAAGGCAGAGCUGGAAGAUCUGAGUUUUGCUGUAACUCAGCCCCAAGACUUUCAGAAUGUGUAUAGGCAGCUUUGUGGCAUGUGGGGUGUGUCAAGCUUCACAGACAGUGAGCCAAUGAGCUCUGAUGACCUCUCUCGGCUGGCCAUCCCCCCUUAUUUGGGCAUCGCAGGGGUGGAGCUGCCAAAAUCUGCCACAACUUACCUGGACGAACCUCUGUACAUCGCACGAGGUGACACCCUGACAGGUGAUGUGGGCACUCAAAGGCCAUUGCAGGAGACUUUGGCAGAGGGCCGAGGAUCAAGUGAUCAAGGAACGGCAGUGCUGGAUCCACCAGCAACUUCCGUUGCGUUGGACUGUGGUGUGCAGGGAUCUGUGCAAGGUGGGGCCAACCAAUACUGCCAAGGAACAUCAACUGUUCCCAUCUGGGUUGAAGAAGAUGUGCCUGGUGUUAGCGGCCUCUCUUGCGAUGACGACGGCAUACGAAGGCAAGGCGCCAUGUGCACAAAUGCAGGGCCCGAAAAGCGAGUGCUGUCAACUGGCUUUAGCCAGCCAUGUGCCAAUUCAUCGAGGGAUGGAUUGGAUCAACAAAUUGCCAUCGUCGAUGCUCCUUCACAACCUGCCAGUCUGCCGGUUGGCGCUCCUGCCACCUGGGAAACCUUGACCUCUGAGGACUGCAGACAGAUGCUAGCGUGUGUGAACCCCUUCACAUCGGUCAUGUUCACUUGGAGCGGCCCAGCAGGCAACAAGGGCUUUGGGCUGGACUUCAUCAGGUGCCGCACAGAGGAGCUGCUUCAGGAGAUAUCGAUCCUGUCCUUUGGCGCUGGGUACAACAUCGAGGUCUAUGGCCGCGUGAAGAGUUUGUACAGCACCUACAAGAAGAUGAAACGCAAGGCGGCGAGCAUUGACGAGGCGUAUGAUGUGUUGGCCCUGCGGAUCGUGGUGGACAGUGAGAGCAACAAAGACAACAGCGCCGCCCGUAGGCUGUGCUACCAGCUGUUGUCUACAGUCCAGCGGCUGUGGAAGCCAGUGCGAUCGGAGCUUGACGACUACAUCGCGGUGCCCAAGUACUCUGGCUACCAGAGCCUGCACACGUCUGUGAUCGGCCCCGGAAAAGUUCCCUUUGAGGUGCAGAUCAGGACGCGAUCCAUGCACGUGGAUGCUGAGUAUGGCAACGCUGCCCACUGGACCUACAAAGAGCUUCCUGUGCUCUCAGGGCAGGAUGGGCCCCAAGGCCAAGGGACAUGGGGCCCUAAGGUGGGGCAGCCUGUGGUGAGAAUCCGCAACGGAAGCUACUUGGAUGGGGUCAUUGUGAACUGUGAGCACAACCAAAGGCACUUGCUGGUUGCUGUGAGCCUUAAAAAGCAUCUGCAGAGACAAGAGGGGAGUCGGUUGGCAAGCAUGGAUGAGUACCGGUGGAUGGUGGACUACGUGGAGGCACAGGGGUGGUAUGAGGCUGGCCAGGGGGAUGUAAACGUGGUGUUGGAGCACUAUGUGCUGUGCGUGGAUGGGGCCUACCACAAGGUGGACCAUUAUGGUCACAAGCAGGAGGUCAUCGCCCGGCCGCUGGAGCCUCCGCAGCAGGCUAUGGGUUUGGCCAGGCAGUGUGUGCCAGGGGCAGGCGGGGGCAAGCAGGGAAAAGGGGGCGAGGCGGCCUCCAGGAUUCAACAGGAGAUCAACCUGAAGGCUCGGUACUUGCGCCAGAUGUUGGACUUCUGUGCAGAGUUGGAUUUGGAGUGCCCCGACAGUGAGACCAUUCACGUGAUGUUGUGGCCGGAGGGACAGAUUAGGAGCUUCCCAACUGGCACGACAGCUGGGGAUGUGCUCUCGUCGGGCGGGUACAUCGAGAUAGUGGACGAGGGCACCGAGGCGCACAGGCCCAUGAGCAAGCUGGUCAACGUGAACAAUCAGUUGGUGCAUGAGGACACGCAAUUGAAGGACGGCGACUAUGUUGUGCUUUCAAGGGACCUUGUGAGAAUUUGA